AGCAGUUUCGCCAACCUAAUUCAUGCGUGUAGUUGCAGAGAGGGACCCUUGUAUACUUCCACAUCCGGAUAGUUCGUUCCAUCAGCAAACUGCCUGGAAAUAUCAAACAUGUCCGGACCCUCGCAGUCAGCGCCCCAGGGCGGCGGCGAGCUUCACUCCUUGAGGUGGCUGCCACCCAAGGACGUCAAGCCCGCUCCACAAGUGAACGACUACGCCCCAUCUUCAUCGAAACUGAGCCUCCCCACCGGCAAGUUGACGAUUGUGGUCUUUCUCCGUCAUUGUGGCUGUCCUUUCGCCGAGAAGACAUUCAAAGCGCUGACGGCACUCUCGGAUGCCCACAAGGACAUUCAGUGCAUCGCUGUAUCCCACUCCUCGGAGGAGGCUACCGAGCGCUGGGUGCCCCAGGUGGGCGGCACGUGGAAUGUAGAGGUGGUCGUGGAUGAGGACCGCGAUCUCUACGCCCAGUGGGGGCUGGGCCCGAGCAGUGCGUGGGCGACCAUGGGCCCUUCUGUGCUCUGGUCUGUGUACAAGCUCGGCACGGGCGAGGGGAUCUGGAACCGACCUACGGAGAGCGGCAGCCGCUGGCAGACGGGCGGUGCCUUUGCGAUCAACCGGUUUGGCAAAGUGGUAUACGCGCACGUCGACAAGUCGGCGGACGACAUGCCGAACCUCGACGAGGUGCUGGAAGCGUUGACAAAGAAUUAGCAUAUCCCUGUAACUUAGAUUGUAUGUACGCUAUUAUUUGAUACCCAGAUUGCGCCGGACAAAUUAGUUG